AUGAGUUCAGUAUUUGCUCCAAAGGGAAAGAAGAAGGUUGGACCAAGUGCCCCAUUUAAACCACCAGGCUCCUCCAAAGUGGAGAGCAUAUCCCUCGAGCAGGUCAAGGACUACAGGAACCAGCACAAUCAUAUAGCUAAGAGGAAGCCACAGAGACAGGCUAGUCCUAAUACAGAUUCAGAUGAAGACGCGCAAACACGGCAGCAGCUCAUUCCUGAGAAAUCUGUAGCGAUGAGAAAUCUCAAGCAGAAGGGUCCCAUUGAUUUCACACCAGAUAAUUCCUUUUCUGCGGCAUCCACAUGCAGUCCCAGUAAAUCACCUCCAGUAAGUAGGAAGAACAGAUACAAUAACAAUUUGAAGAAAUCAAAUCUCAACAAGAAGUUUUCAUUUUCACCAGAAGCUGAGACUCCAGUUGAGGAGAGACCUGCUAGACAGAGGAACAGAACAAACUUCUUACUGGAUGACAUUACCGGUGUUAGUACACAAUCUUCAGCUUCACCCGAAAAGGAGGAGAGCAUCAGUCCUCCAUUUCAAUACGAGCUUCGCGAUUCCGGUUCAGAAUCUCCGCCGAGCCUUGAUGAUGCAAUUCUAGCCCCUUCAGCAAGCAAAGUGCGGAAAUCAAGUCUUGAUAGCUUGUCACCUAUAAGAAAGAAGAUAAGCGAUAAUCUUAAUAAAAGCCCCAAGUUCGCAAAAAAUCAAAUUGGCAAGAAAAGAAGAGAGAGUGUCGAUAAGAAAGAGCUCGAUAUGAAGGAAUUAUCGCCCAAAAAGAAGAAGGGAGAUAAGCAGUCGCGUAAGGAGAAAGAAACAGGGGACGCAAAGAAAAUAGAGCCGCACAACACAAAGAUCAACGUGUCUCGUUCUGCAAAUUACGAAGAUGAUGAGGGUGAACCCACGCCAAAGAAGAGGAGGGGCAAUAACAACAUUCAAAACAGCACGAAUGAAGACGUUAAUGAAAACAGUAUUGAAGUGAGCAAUCCUCUAGCUUCAAAACCAAAAGCGAAGAAGCUUCAGCGUAUAAUUGUCGCCAAUACUAAAAAGCCCUCUGUUGAUCCGGUUGAACAGAGUCAGAAAGACGGCUUAUUUAAAGAGUGUGAUGUUAUCAACUCCUAUAUAACGUCAGUCUCUCAAGAAGAGCAGCAGAAAUCACCAAAAUCGUCCGGGGCUAGGAACAGAGCCAUUGCCACUGCAGUUAGACUAUCAGAAGAUGAAGAUGCUGAUGGUGACGUUGUGCAGGGUAAGAAAAAGGCAACUACGAGCUCACAACCACAUCCAAAGAAAGAAUCGAUUCUCUUGAGUGGUGACAAAAGACCCAAACCAAAGCCCAAGGCAAGGGCUGCUAAACAACAAAAUCAUUCCAACCAAUCAAACAUUCCAGCGUUUUUUAAGCCAACUGUCAAGCCAUCUGACAUACAACUAUGUCCAGUGUGCGAUAACAAAUUACCCCACCUUCGAACUCAACAUCUCAAAACGGUAUUGAAAGAGUUCUUGAAUGUCGCUAAAUUAUCACCUAGAACUUCGAACCCAUACGGGAUGAAAGCACACGUUGUUGCGGAAUCUGAACUCUGUACAGCCCACGAACUAGAUACAAAAGUUAUACCAGAAGGUCAGAAAAAAGGAUACCCAAUUGAGCAUGAUUGGAAUAGAGUUUCAGAUAGGAUCAUGAAGCUGAGCAAGAAAAUCAAAGUUGUGAUCAAAUAUAAAGAAAGUAGUAGAUUUUGGAUCAAAGCUCGUGAAGAUUAUGCUAAGGUUGGUAGUAAAAAGGCUAACGGACUUGAUGUUCAGUUUGAGAAUUUCGAGGAUGAACAGCCUGGGUAUUAUGGAGAGAUAGGUUUGAUGGUAAUAUCAUUCACUCUUAAUGCAUUGUCAACGAGCAAGCCAAAAAGCAAAAUAAAGCUCAACCAAAGUCUUACGAAUCCACUUUCACCCAAAGAUUUCAUUAGACGGGUACUGGUCCCGGAGGUUGCCAACCUUUUGAUUGCUCAAGACAGGGGCGUAUCGACGGAGAUUGCAGAAGAGAUUAGAAGGGAUAGUAGAGAAUACGGUAAUGCUGUAUUCAGUGCUGACAUGGAAGACAUUGCUUGGAGGCCGCAGUUACCAACUGAUCUUAUCUCAGACUCAGAGUAG